AUGGGAAGUGGAGGCGGCCGACCAGGCGGUGGUGGAGGCGGAGGAGGAGGUGGCGGCGGAGGAGGCGGUGGUGGUGGAGGAGCUGAAAUCCCCAUAAUAUCAUAUGAAAACGUCAACAAUGGAGAUGGAAGUUACAAAUGGAGCUAUGAAACCGGUAAUGGCAUCAAAGCUCAAGAAGAAGGCGAACUCAAACCAGGUGGCGAAGAAGGUAUACAAUCGGCGGUAGGUUCUUACUCGUAUACCGCUCCCGACGGUACUGAAAUCAAAGUCGAAUAUACCGCCGACGAAAAUGGUUUCGUACCCGUGGGAGACCACCUUCCUACACCACCACCAAUCCCACCAGAAAUUCAAAAAGCUCUAGAUCAAAACGCUGCAGAAGAAGCCGCUGGAGGAGGCGGUGGAGGUGGCGGAGGAAACGGAGGUGGUGGAGGAGGCGGCGGCGGGUAUCCCAGUGGCAAUGGAGGUGGCGGUGGUGGAAAUGGAUAUCGGUAUUAA